UCUUUGUCUCCCUGCACUCCUUUUUGCCUCUAGGGUUUUUGCUUCAGCUCUCUCCUCUCAUAUACUUUUUUUUUGCAUCAAAGGAACAUAGAAACAUAAGUUUGCUUGUUUAGUUCGUUUCAAAAAUGGGGGAUGCAGAGGGUGCUCUUCCACCAUCAAAGAAGAGGGCUGCUGGCAGAGAACUCUCUCGGGAUAACCCUGGUCUUGAUGAUGAAGAAGAUGCUUCUGAACAAGAGACUGGAACUUUUAAGAAGGCCAGUGAUGAAGUGUUGGCAAGCAGAAGAAUAGUCAAAGUUCGCAGGAAAGAAACCACCUCAACCCCCUCAUCCAAUCCUUUUGCUGGGAUUCGUUUGGUCCCUUCUACUGAACCCCAAGCAGCUGGUGCUGAAUCCAGUGUAACAUCCACUGAUCUUACAGCUGAAGCACCAGCUAACAAUGAGAAGACACUUUCAGAAGAUGGAAAAAAGGAUGUUGGCCAAAAUGAAGAGAUUGAAGAUGCAAAUACCAAGCAGUCAGGAAGCAAGACUGAUGAGCCUGUAGGUGAAUCUGAAAAGAGUGAAAAUGAGAAUGAAAAACAGUUGGAAAGUAAGGUUGAUGAACCACCUGCUGAAACUGUUGCAGCAAAGGAGAGUGCUGAGGAUAGGAACAGUGAUAAUGAAGCAACUGAAACGGAGGCUGAUAGUGAAAAACAGCCAGCAGGUGAUGAGACCCAGAAUGAAGAUAAAAAGCAAAAAGAUAAUACUGAUACUGAAGAAAAGAAAGAUAGCACUAAUGAAAAUGUAGGUUCUGCUGAAGGUGCUUCAUUGAGUUCUUUUCAGCAGCUUUCUAGUAGCCAAAAUGCCUUCACAGGACUUGCUGGAUCUGGAUUUUCUACUUCAACGUUCUCAUUUGGAUCUGUUGCAAAGGAUAGUUCUGUUUCUCUCUUUGGACAGAAGAAUAACCAGCCUUCUUUUGGUUUUGGUCUCUCAACGAAUGGAAACUCUUCUCUCUUUAACACAUCAGGGGCUUCAAUUGCUUCAAAGAGUGAGGGAAGUGGUUUUCCAUCCUUGCAGGAGGUUCCAAUUGAGACGGGGGAAGAGAAUGAGAGAGUGGCUUUCUCAGCUGAUUCAGUUCUGUUUGAGUUUAUGGAUGGAGGGUGGAAGGAGCGUGGGAAGGGAGAACUUAAGGUAAAUGUCUCCACAACUGAGACAGAAAAGGCCAGGUUGCUGAUGAGAGCUAGAGGAAAUUACAGAUUGAUUCUGAAUGCCAGUCUCUACCCAGACAUGAAGCUGACGAAUAUGGACAAGAAAGGCAUCACUUUUGCUUGCAUGAAUGGUAUUGGCGAAGGCAAAGGAGGGUUAUCGACUUUUGCCUUGAAAUUCAAGGAUGCUUCUAUAGUGGAAGAGUUUCGUGCAGCCGUUGUGGCAAACAAAGGCAAGACAGCAGCUGCUCUUAAGACCCCAGAAAAUUCUCCUAAAGCGGCGGAGGUCUAAGAAGUGUUCCCACUUCCCAGGUUAAUCUUUGCAUUUCUCUGUGGAAGAAAGCAUCUCACAUUGAGUGUCUAUUUCCUACGCCUUUUUUCUGUAGCAGAGUCAGGUUCCAAUCUUUUGUUGUUUAACUUAUAUGUAGCCUGCGAAUGCGGGAUAAUGUUUCAGCUUCUUUUUUGAGUCUCUGUUGGAAAUAAACUACCGUAUAAACUAGCCGGCUAGAAGACGUGGAAUCUUUGACUGUUAUUAUAGUUGCCCCUUGAUCCUGGAUGUAUGUGAAAUGCAAAAUUGCAUGGCAUUUAGGACAAUGUUCUGUUG